CCGACAAGUGUUCAGACAGUCCAGAGGAUUUGUGUACAAGGGUCAGUGAAAAAAAGGCCCGGUAUUUCUUUAUUGUCAGACGACUAGGAUCUUCUUGCAUAAACACGUACCGUGUGAGAAGAAGUUGUUACAGUGAGGACAUCUUUUCCGGAUCUUUUGGAUCUUUUCGAAAAUCACACUUACUUCAUCUUGGAAAAAGACACUUGGAAUGAGAAAUACGCUCUCCAUACUGCUGUGUGGACUCCUGGUGGCCACAACAUGGCAGUCCACCGGUGCACAAGGGGCCUGCCAGUGCGUCCCUACGACCCCAGGUCCGAUCACAACAAGAGGGAUGACAACACCUGAGGCCAGCACGGCUGGAGCUUCGACUGCCGGUGCUACAACUGGAGCAGCCUCCACGGCAGCAGCUACAACCGGGGCAGCCUCAACGGCAGCGGCUACAACUACCGGUGCAGCCUCAACUGCAGCACCUACAACAACCGGUGCAGUCUCUACGGCAGCAGCUACUACUACUGGGGCAGCCUCCACGGCUGGAGCUUCCACGGCUGCAGCUACAACUACUGGAGCAGCCUCAACGGCAGCAGCUACGACUACUGGUGCAGCCUCAACUGCAGCACCUACAACAACCGGUGCAGCCUCCACUGCUGGAGCUUCCACGGCAGCAGCUACAACUACUGGAGCAGCCUCCACUGCAGCAGCUACAACUACUGGAGCAGCCUCAACUGCAGCACCUACAACCACUGGAGCAGCCUCAACGGCUGCAGCUACAACAACUGGGGCAGCCUCCACGGCUGGAGCUUCCACGGCUGCAGCUACAACUACUGGAGCAGCCUCAACAGCAGCAGCUACAACUACCGGAGCAGCCUCAACUGCAGCAGCUACAACCACUGGUGCAGCCUCAACGGCAGCGGCUACAACUACCGGAGCAGCUUCAACGGCUGCACCUACAACCACUGGGGCAGCCUCAACUGCAGCAGCUACAACGGCUGGCGCUUCAACUGCUGGGGCUGCAACCACAGUUCUUCCUACAUCACUAGCAACGACGCCUUACUUCAGCACCCUCGCUCUGUCUACGGCUUGUGUCUGCCCACCAGGAUACGUGCAAGUCUUUGGUACCGCCAGCCCGGCAGCACAGAGUACAGUGGCCCCGAGUACAGCAGCACCAACAACCAGGGCCCUGGUCGAUGAGUGCGCCUUGGGUACCGACAACUGCCACGCAGAUGCAACCUGUGUGGAUAGCGACCCUCAUGUCGGUUUCUCCUGCACCUGCAACGCCGGAUACCAGGGCAAUGGCACAUACUGUGAAGAUACUGACGAAUGCGUGCUUAGCCCUUCUUCCUGCGGAAGUCACACCACAUGUGCGAACCUUGUCGGUUCGUUCAGGUGUGAUUGCAUGAGCGGGUUUGAACCUCUCAAUGCGACACAUUGCACUGACAUCAACGAGUGCACACUUGGAGUCAGCGGAUGUUCGGACAUCUGCAACAACACGGACGGAUCCUUCGCUUGCGACUGUCCGGCCUUUUUCAAACUUGAUGUGGCAGACAACAAAACUUGCGUCGCCGCACGUUCCUGUGACACCUCCAACCCUUGCUCUCCCUCCGACGUCUCCACGUGUGCAGUGACGGACUCAGGCUAUACCUGUGGUUGUAACUCAGGGUAUAAACUGGCGGAUGGGAGUCAAACACUCUGUGUCAAUGUUGACGAGUGCGCUACGGGAGAGAACAACUGCGACCCGACCCUCGGCAUGUGUACCGACAAUGCGGGAGGCUUCACCUGUUCCUGUAAGGCCGGGUACACCGGGGCUGGGACCAUCGGGGCUUGUACAGAUGUGGACGAGUGUGCCGCCGGUACAGCCGUCUGUGACCCCAAUGCGAACUGCGUCAACACUGUGGGUGCGUACACAUGCAGCUGUGACACAGGGUACAAGAGCAUCGCUACCAACGGUACAGGAUUCCCAGGAGAAUGCAAAGAGGACCGACUGUUUCCGUUCGGCGCUAACGCCGGUGACAUGAGCGUGACCGGAAGUGUCGCCAGUGACAAAACGUCCAGCCUCAUCAAAGUUCCCGACGGUCUGCCUCUGUUCGGAGGUCGGCUGUGUGACACCCUUUAUGUUCUUGAGAACGGGCUUGUCGUCGCCACUACCCUGAAGGAGACGCAGGACUCCGUGGCCAAGACCAUCUACCGCCACCCCACCACUGACGCCGCCGCGUUCGGCGAUCCCGUGUGCGCCGUGUUCGCUCCGUUCUGGGCCGACGCCGUCGUGGGAGGAGAAUAUCCCUCAAAGGUUUGGUAUCAUUAUUAUCAAAAGAACUCUGGAGGUGACGACGCGAUGCUUCAGACGAUCGACGAACUGACCAUGAUUCCCGGCUUCAACGCGACUUUCGCCCUGCUGGUGACGUAUGAGACCAUGGCCAUGGCUGGGGAGACAGCACGACCAGACAUGGAGACGAACACGUUCCAGGGCGGUAUCAUCACGGAUGGCGUCCACACCUUUGCCGGUGCCAUUUACGAAGACGGCGGCAUGAAGUGGGACCCACAGAUCACAGACAGUAACCUGGUCGGUGGGAAGUGGCCCGCCUUUGUCGGUAUCGUCGUCGAGAGUGCAAACGGCUCGCUCAUCGUGGUCGAGAACGAAAAUUCAAGGAUGAAGACUAAGCUGGCAAACGGUGCGAAGGACUGCAGCGGCACGAACGUGUACUGUAUGGACAGCCGGGCCACGGAAGGCGUGUGGAGCCAGGCUGACGACAACGCCGACGGCUGGGUCAACCCCAGAAAGUGGUGUACGGACUGGUACAACGCUGAACCAGCCGUCAGCGCAUUUGCCAGCGCUGUACCCUGCCCACUGACCAAGGCUCACGCCGAUCUCGACACGAGGUUUAAAGCGGCGAGUGACGUGUCCACGGGAGGGAGAGCCUGCUAUGAGCAGAACGACGGGUCUUCUUUCACCAACGGUGGAAACAGCCUGUGCUGUUAUGGAGCUUCUGACGGUGCCUUUAUGCUAAACAACAGGGAGCUGUCUGGCAAUGUUCAUCGUUAUGCUCGGAGCUCCCAGAACUACCAGGACCAUGACGUGAAGCCCAGACAGUACUGCUGCCAGGACACGUCCAGCGCCUACUGCACCAUGUACUUCGAGAAGAGGCCGAUGAUCUCAUCUGAUGGAUACGAGGCUCCCCAACAGAGUGCUGGAGCGGGUGAUCCUCACAUCACUACCCUGGACGGAUUCUCCUACUCGUUCAACGGCUACGAUGAGUACCUCAUGGGCACCAACACCAGCGACGCCCCGCGGGUCUUCCAGAUGCAGGGCAGGACGAAGUUGGCAGAUGUCGAGCCCGGCAAGGUCCCCCUGGCGACAGUGUUCAGUGGUAUUGCCGUGAAGCAGCCCACCAAUGACGUCCAGAUCUACCUGAAUGGUACGGGAACUAGUGUGGACAUCUACGUGGACAGCACAGCCUAUACACACGCUGGCAUCGACGAUGGCUCAACCGACUCCUUCUCUGAUGGACGAUUCCAGCUUGUGAAAGAUUCCUCUACGUCAGCUGUGACUGGUGUCAAGGUCAUCUUCACGUCCGGAAUCUCGGUGGAAGUGAAGGCGGGACUCGGCAUGCUCACCUACGCAGUCUCCAUGACCCCUGACAUGAAGAGCAAGCUGAAGGGCCUUCUGGGUAAUUUCAACGGCAACAACCAGGAUGAGUUCUUCUGGCCCAACGGCACAGCGGUUUCUUUCACCAAUGCAACCAACCCUCCAGAAGACGAACUAUUUGCAUGGGGCCAGUCAUGGGCCUUGCGUACCACGGGCGACAGUACCCUCUUCACCGUGUAUCCCGACGGCGAAAAUGCCGCAACAUACGGCAACAGUUCCUUCACUCCUCUGUUCUUCAACCUGGACACCAUGUUCCCUAACGAGACCGACAAGGCCCGCGCCAUAUCGGUGUGUGGCGGUGCAGAUAAGAAGGAGUGCCUGUUUGACAUCGCGCUGACUGGAAACGAGGAGGUGGGAGCCGCCGCAGCAGCAGCUUUGGACGCUGUAGCCAACAGCAACGCCGCUCUCUCGAACACCCCGCCAGUCUUCAACGUGACGUCAGAGAUCCGGGCUACCGUUGGUCAGGAGUACGGCCUGCAGCUGGAGGCUACAGACGACGGGUCGGUCACCAUCACUGUCGCACAGGGACCGGGCAGCCUCAACGGCAGCAACUACUACACGUGGACGCCUUCCGACACGUCGAACUACACCAUCCAGUUCCUUGCCACGGAUGACGUCGGCGCCUCCACCUCCCAGACCCCUGAUGUCACCGUGUGCGCCUGUCAGAACGGCGGCACGUGCAACUUUGCCACCACCCUAACGGCACGAAGCGCCGGGUUCGCCAUCGCCGCAUGCAACUGCCAGCUGGGCUUCGUCGGCGACUACUGUGAGACGGACUACAAUGGCUGCUCUGUCACACCUUGCUAUCCAGGUGUAAAUUGUACCGAUGCUGUGGCGCCUCUGUCCCCCGGUGCCAAGGAGUACACCUGCGCCAGCUGCCCAGCUGGGAUGGUGGGUGACGGAGAGUCCUGCGUGGAUCUGAACGAGUGCCUCUUACCUUCCAACAACUCCAACGUGCACCAGUGUAAGAACGCCACCUGCUUCAACGAGGCCCCGGGUUACCGCUGCGAGUGUCUGUCGGGGUACAGCAUGCUGGCUGACAACAGGACAUGCGUCGAUAUUGACGAGUGUGCUACCGGUGCCGACAACUGCCAUGCUGACGCCACCUGUACCAACACGGAGGGUUCUUUCACCUGUGCCUGUAAUACUGGGUACAGCGGAGACGGAACAACAUGCUCAGAUAUUGACGAGUGUCAGACAAACAACGGAGGCUGUGACCGUAUCUGCGCCAACACGAAAGGCAGUUACGCCUGCUCGUGUGACGUCGGUUACAGGCUGAUGGAGAACAAACACACAUGCCAAGAUAUCGACGAAUGUGCCGGUCCCAGUCAUGGUUGCAAACAGUUUUGCACCAACACCGCCGGUGGAUUUGCCUGCUCCUGCAAGGCGUACUACGCCCUGGCUGCAGACGGAAAGAGUUGUGAACCGGCUGUUUCCUGCAGUAACGAUACCAGCUGUACUCAGUUGUGCGCCGUCAUCAACGCUACUGAAGUCUGUGACUGCAACAGUGGAUACAACCUCGAUGGCGACGGCAUCACUUGCAAUGAUUUUGACGAGUGUGCCAACGCAGCCAACAACUCUUGUGACCCCACCAACGGACAGUGCACCAACCUGCCCGGCACUUUCAACUGCAGCUGCAGCACAGGCUAUCAGAUCGAAGCCGGUGGAGGCACUCUCUGCGACGAUAUCGACGAGUGUCAGACGAACAACGGAGGAUGUGCGCAAGUGUGUACCAACAAUGGCGGAUCAUUCCUCUGCAGCUGUAACGCCGGCUACCAGCUCAACGCUGACGGAAUGGCAUGUGACGAUAUUGAUGAAUGUGCCUUGGGUACCGACACUUGCUCGCACUCCUGUGUGAACACCGGUGGAGCCUACAACUGUACCUGUCCAGAUGGACUCAAACUGGACCUUACAAUGAAGAACUGUAUCCCUGAGAGCCAGUGUCUUGUCAAGAACUGCACGCCGAGUGGCAUUGCAUCUUGUGCCGUCAUCAACAGUGUCGAGACCUGUCUGUGUGCUGAUGGGUACGAGGCCAACGACACCAUGUGUGUUGAUGUGAAUGAGUGCGCCACGAUGUGCAAGGGGACCAACAUGAAGUGCAACAACACGGUCGGCUCCUACAUGUGCAGCUGUGCCGCAGGGUUCGUCGAAAAGACCGUGAACGGCAGCAUGACUUGUGAGGAAACAAAGGCAUUCAGCGGUUCUAUCAGGAUCACCAGCGUUUCCUUCACGCCUGACCUAGCCGACACGUCAUCGGCUGCCUUCAAGACCCUGGCCGCUAGCGUGAAGUCUUCUCUGGACACGAUGUACUCGUCCCAGCUGGGCGCUGCCUUCCAGAGCACGACGGUCACAGGAUUCACCAACGGCAGCGUGGUGACGGCCUACACCGUCAACAUGGUGUCCAACAGCACGGUGAACUCCACGUCCCUGGCAGCGGCCCUGCAGGCAGCCGUGCAGGCCGGAGGAGCUGGGGGAUUCAGCUUUGAUGCCAGCAGCAUCACCGUUGCCGAUAUCGACGAGUGUGCCGGUGAGAAUAGCUGCCACGCCCAGGCCACGUGUACUAACACGGAGGGCUCCUACACGUGCACGUGCAACAACGGCUACACGGAUAACUCUGCUACUGGAGCAAAGGCAGGGUCUAGUUGUGAAGCUACACAAACAGAGGAAGCCUCAAAUAGCCAGACACUGGCCAUCGCGCUGGGAGUGACGUUUGGUAUCCUCGGCCUUGCGAUCAUUAUGGCCAUCAUUGUGAUGGUAGCCCUGAAGAGCAAGAAGGGCACAGCAACGAUCAACCCAGAAGAGUAACCAUCGAAACAAGACAGACUUCUCUGAUACCAAAGGGAUGCAAGUCUUCUCACAAAAUACAAUCAUUUGCCGGGUUUUAAAUUAUUUUUUUGAGAAAUGAGAUUUAAAAAUUUUGAGAUCUAAAAAUGUAUAUUAGCAAAGACAAGUAUUUGUGAUUACAAAUUAGAUUUACUAUCUAUACAGAAUAGACUGCCAUGUAGUGCAGUCAGUUGGUUGUUUUAGGUUAUACCAGCUUUUAUAAUUAUUGCCUAGAGGGACUACCUUACUGUGGACGGCCUUAUACCAAACUAUCUAGAGCAGUUGUCAAGCAACUAGGACUCAGUGCCAGCUUCUUAGUUUUCUACAAGUUUCGGAGGAAAGAUCCUACUAUUAGGCAGAUAUCCUGAUUUAAACCGAACGAGUGGAUUCUGUGAAUCUUGACUGAUGAUGAAACCACUACUAUUAGGUGCAAACCAUGGGCCGAAAAUGGAAUCCAGUGAAUCCGAAUCAUGUAUCGAACCGUACACAAUUCACAAAAUGUUAUAUCAAGGAUUGUGAGCCCUUUGGAUAAUACUUCAAAAUUGCAAGCCUUAUUUUUUAACAAGGAAGCAUGUUACUGACGAUCGUUGCUAUCUCUAGGAUUCAACUGCGUAAGGUUAGGGGAAAGUAUAUGGAAUUGUUCCACACAAUUGUAUCACGCAGGGAAACUGUUCUGAUGACAAGGCAGUGAUUAUAAAAGUAAUUUAUCAACCUGAACAGCCCACGGAUAUACUAGACCUCGUAAGUGCCAUAAUUUGCAUAUUCGUGACAUCUUCGUGCCACUGUUGUAACAAUGAGUCCGUCCCGUUAGAAGUAGAAGUCACAAAAAUGUAGCACUGAAAGAUUUUUAAAAGUAUCAAUUCCAAGUCAUGAAAACGCGGUUAAGUCUUCAAUCUUGAACAUCGUACAAAAAUUGAAUAUGAGUUAUUACUAGUGUAUCAAAUAUCUGUCGACUGUGCAGUUAAGAAUUCUAGGAAAGCUCAACAAUAAGUAAUAUGUAUUAUAGUUUGUAAAUAUUAAUGCUGAUUGUGUGUGAUUCCUAAUGGAUGAUACAGUGUGAAGCUAUUGUUUUUUAUCAUAAAUAAGCCAUUGAAAAUUAUUCAAUGUGUGUGGUUUGCAAGUGUAUCCACCGCCAAUUCAUAUUUUUUGUAAGAAUGGCGGAAGAGAUAUUACGAUGUGUUUGACAUAAAUAGCAACGUUUGCACAAUGUCAUACAAAACUUCCAUAUGGUAUAUUGCUGCGUAAGAUAUAAAUAAGCUUAAGCACAGUGCAAUUUUGUUCAACAGAGUUCUGCUACUUGUUUAGGGAAAUGUGUGGAAUAUUGAAUCUGGAGAAAGAUGUGGGUGUACAAAAUUCAAGGUGAUACUUUUCUAAUAAAGCUUCAAAAUAAAA